AUGGACGACGGGAUGCUACUGAUCCACCCUCCCGCUUCCCUGUUCGGUUCUGCAGCGCAUGCAGUCGUUGAGCGACUCGAGAUAAGCACAGCAGCCUGCCAUUGCGACAUCCCGCGUCUCAGUGCGCCAUGCGAUGCCUCUGGUCAGAAGGCCAGUCAAAACGCUGCGUACGCUUGCGGACCUGGCUGCGAUGUUCCAGAUUGGGCUUCAUCGAAGGCCCCCGCCCAAGCAAAUUGCCAUCCAACUAGAUACUUUAUCCGGAUCCGCGCGGACAGGCAGACCAGCCAUCGCCUCUCAACAGCAACAGCAACAGUCCCAUUGAUGAAAGCCCAGCGCAAGUGGCUUGCUUCCUGGACAAACUCUUAG